AUGCAGGCGGCGGCGGGUCAAACUUACUGUGAGAGGGAGGAGAAUGAGCCACUCUAUAUCCCUGCGAAUACUAGUGCAACGACUAUAGUGGUGAACGCAGAACGAUAUGGUUUCUACAGGCAAAAUUACGACGAAAAUGGAUGGAGAAAAAUAAUUAAACGACUCAAUCACAACUACGAGAUAUUCAGUCCUCGCACAAGAAACGCUAUUAUUAGCGAUGCUUUCGCAGCCGCCACCAUUGGCCGUCUUGAUUACACUGUAGUGCUUGAUCUUAUCGGAUACUUAGAGCGUGAGAGGCAAUCUACAGUCGAUGAUAAUUGGCGAAUAUUGUGCAGCAGGUGCUCCUGAUUGCGUUGCUAAAUAUGUGAAGAUUUUCGAGGAGAAAGUUAUUCCAAGAUGUGCGAAGGGACAGCAAGCUAGUUCUUGUAUCAAGAUUCCUGCUCCACACAGAGGUCGGGCUUAUUGUUAUGGUGUUGGGAAACUCGGAAAUAUUGCGCAUCAGAAGGUAAUGGAAUUGUAUAA